AUUCUUAUUUUGUUGGUUGGCUGCAUCAUCAUAAAAUUCGAAAUACCAUCAAACCGAAUUAUCUUUGUAGCAAAGCGAACGAAAUAACUUUACAAUUUUUCCGUAAAAAUGAUGCAACUAAUUACAAUGUUGCCAAAAAGGCUUAUUCAUCCCGAUGCUGUUAAAUCCCUAACGAGAUCCGGAAUAUUAAAUCUGAAUGGCAUUCGUCUUGCAUCAAAUGCAGCUGUAGCAGCAAAAGAUCCAAAGAAAAAGGAAGACAAACCAUUUAUCCAACCUGAUAAGAAACCCCUUUACUUGGAUGCACAAGCUACAACUCCCAUGGAUCCCCGUGUUUUGGAUGCUAUGCUACCCUACCUAAUACAUCAGUAUGGCAAUCCACAUUCAAGGAAUCAUUAUUACGGCUGGGAAUCUGAAAAAGCUGUCGAAUUGGCACGCGAACAAAUUGCAAAUCUUAUUGGAGCCGAUCCCAAAGAAAUUAUAUUCACGUCUGGUGCAACUGAAUCGAAUAAUAUCGCUAUAAAGGGUGUUGCAAGAUUUUAUGGAGAAAAGAAAAAUCACGUUAUCACAACACAAACAGAACACAAAUGUGUAUUGGAUUCAUGUCGAGCUUUGGAAGCCGAGGGUUUUAAAAUCACCUACUUGCCGGUACAGAAGAAUGGUAUAAUAGAUCUCAAGGAACUUGAACAAGCAAUUACCCCACAAACAGCUUUGGUAUCUAUCAUGACAGUCAACAAUGAAAUUGGUGUUCGACAGCCCCUUUCAGACAUAAGUACAAUUUGCAAAGCAAACAAAGUACUAUUCCACACAGAUGCCGCACAAGCGGUGGGCAAAAUUCCUAUCGAUGUCCAUAAGGAUAACAUUAACUUAAUGUCGAUAUCGGGCCACAAGAUAUACGGACCCAAAGGAAUCGGUGCAUUGUAUGUUGGUAGAAAACCUCGAGUUCGUCUUGUACCGAUUCAAAGUGGUGGUGGUCAAGAGCGUGGUCUACGAAGUGGAACUGUACCGGCGCCUUUAGCUGUUGGAUUGGGAGCUGCCUGCGAUAUUGCCAGACGUGAAUUAAGUUACGAUGAGAAAUGGGUUGAAUUUCUAUCGAACCGAUUAUUGGAUAAAAUUAUGGAAGGUUUACCACAUGUCAUUCGAAAUGGUGAUCCCGAACACACUUAUCCGGGAUGUUUGAACUUAUCGUUUGCCUAUGUGGAGGGAGAGUCUUUGUUGAUGGCGCUUAAGGAUAUCGCCUUGUCAAGUGGAUCUGCAUGUACAUCGGCCUCUUUGGAACCGUCGUAUGUGCUAAGGGCAAUUGGAACAGAUGAUGAUUUAGCGCAUAGUUCUAUAAGAUUUGGAAUUGGAAGGUUUACAACAAUUGAGGAAAUAGACUACACGGCUGAAAAGUGCAUCAGUCAAGUUAAGAAAUUACGUGAAAUGUCACCACUCUGGGAAAUGGUACAAGAAGGCAUUGAUUUGAAGUCAAUUAUAUGGGCUCAGCACUAAAAUUCCUCCUCCAGUUAUUUUUUUGUUUAUUUUAUUUUUCACCAAUAAUUAUACACUAAAUAUUUUUUAAAUGUAAAGCGUUACCCGUUCACCUAAAGAAUGAAUAAAUGAAUGAACCAUUACAAAGACAUACGACGACCGAUGAUUGGCUUCGAAGUCGAACAACUGACCGACAGUUUGCAUUACCGUGUAUUUUCUUUUAUUAGCCUUUUAUAGUUUUUGUUUUUGUGUAUUAUCCACCACAACACAGAAUAUUAUAAUAUAAAUAUAUACCCAUGUAGAAUAUUAUAGUUUAUUUGUUAAGUUAUCUUCUCGAGAAUAAAAAAAGAAAAUCAAUACAAAAAACUGAAUUAUUUA